AGUACAUAAUGGGGAAAGACAGACGAGAGAUGGUUCGGAUCGUCGCUGAAGAUUACCUCCAUAAACACCCAGGAAGACCUGGUAGACAAAAGCUGAGGGAACUCGCCAGUAUGAUUGUAGGACAAUAUCCUGCCUCCUUCAAGCUGACAGAGCCAUUUGGAAACAAACCUUUUGCAAAAGAUGGUUCUGAAACUCUCUUUCGUCAGCUGGAACACAGAAUUGAAAAUAUGAAGAGGCCACUAAGCUCACUGAAGAGGCAAGCAGGGGGUGAAAAUUCGACAAAGAAAAGGCCCAGGAAUUCAGAUCUGUAUGGAUGUGUUGCGUGGGAUCCAAUCAUUGAGGGGGCCAUGUGUAGAGAAGACCUGCUGUCUAAACGAGAUGAGUUGAAACGUGCCUUUCAAACCCAGGAUCUUCAGGAGUCAUCUGUUCGAAAAUUGAUGACUGAAACAUAUCCCAUUCAGCGUGAAAUCCUCAACGAUGAUGAUACCACUAUUGCCGUUGUAAAGGACGAGUGGCCGUUUCUGUUUGAAGUUCCUCACCUGUUUGAUCAUGCAUCUAAACUCCUUGGCUUCUCUGUACAAAACAAGCUGGCACAGGAACUUUCCAAAAAAGAAAAGGGGAUCAGUGACUUCCUUGACUACAAAGGGAUGAAGACGGGCGAAGGUCCAAUACAGCUCAUCUGCGGCAUUUCAAAAUACUUCAAGGAAGACUCUUAUAAACUCUUCCACAAAAAAGAGAUCUCUGCAGAUCCUGAAGUCGAACUCCCAGUGACCCCAUGCAUCCUAAUCAGAGGUGACCAGCAAUUCAAGAUUGCUGUUGAUGGGUUACUUGUCAAUGACCACAUCACCUCUCCCAUUGUGGCCUUGAGCUACGUCUUCUCCAUGUUUUAUGUCUGCAACGUCCAAUACCCACCGGAGAUGGCUUUUACUCUCGAAUUCAUGCAAAGAGUUUUCUUUGGGGUCAAUCCUGAGCGAGGCUCCAAGGCAGAGAAGAAGGGGAAGAAACGGCACUUCAUUCCUCCACAGGUGUGCAAGCUGGUUUCUCAGCUGAAGGAAUUUGAAUGCAAGCAGAAGGAAUCUGAAUGGGCCAUUUGAGCUGUUCUCAGAGCUCAGAAAAUACCUUUUUGGACUGAAUGUACACACACACGUACACACACACACACACACACACACA